AUGUUUACAAGAAGCUCUGCUCGCUUCGAGUUUCUCCCUCCUCAAAUCCUCCGAUGUCUCAGACAUUUGACAGACAAUGUUCACAUAUUGUCACCCCGUUUGCCAUUGCGAAUGAUUAGGAGAGGCAGCGACAGAUGGCAACACUGUGCCCGUAUCAUCUUCCGGGGGAUGGGUGACAUCCUCUGGGUAGGUGUGAUUUAUCUCGCUAGCCAAAUGCUUAUAUGGGGUCUCUCCCUGGCCCUGAAAUCAGCCCGACUUCAGUUUCUGUCGUCCAUCCUUGGAAUGACUCUGGUGUUUGGUUCCAUGGUCUUGAUUUCACAGCUUUGUCCGCGAUCAGAUGGCUUCUAUCACCGCCACAUCAAGUGCAAGGUCGACUUCAUCAAUAGUAACUUGGGCAUUGGCUUUCCAGUGCCCAUCGUCACCAUUAGCCAAGAGAACUUGCUUGGUGGUAAAGGGAUCGGAAGAGUGAUCGGGAACUUUUUGAACACAAACGUGAUUUUCUGGAUAUUGGUGCUCUUGCUCUCUUGGGGCAUCUUGACCGGAAUCCUCAGACUUCCCAACUUCUCCAUACGACAAAAUGAGAAGAAUAGCGACGCCGACACCGACACCGAAGUCGACCAGCCACGGCACUCCGGAAGGCAGACUACCCUCUUCCCACGCAUCGAGGUGCCCCCUCCGACCCUCAGCCGCAGGCCAUCCGAGGCGACCACCCUAAACGGAACCACGAUCAAUGGAUACCAUACCGAUAAGGAAGCGGGAUUGGUUCCAGACUCGAGAACCGUCUCGGCCUACUUCACAGACAGCGACUGCCCAACCCCUGUCCCACCUCCAAGCGCUCUGGGCCACUAUCAAGACCGAGCAUCGCUUUCAAGCUCGCAGCAGCCCGAACUUUCGAGCGGAGUAGGAACUCAAAGGUGCAGCUGGGUCAAGGAGUGCUACCCCAUCAUCCUAGCCCUCUUGCUUCUCCUAGUCAUCGGCAUCCCCGUCUCAUACACUACAGGUGACGACCGCAUCCUCGAUGGUUGCACGCUGUGGUUCACCUGGAUCAGCAGCACCAGACUCCAACGCACCUUUGAACGCAGCGACAUUCUCGCUGGCUCACUGGGGCUCAAAACGACAGUCACAACACUCCUCAACCCAGUACUCCUGACGACCCUCGGCAUGACGGCGUACACCCGCGCCAAAGCCGCCGCAACAGGGACACGGAUCGAACAGACUUUGGCCAUGUUCAGCAGCGGUAGUUCCCUAUCCGGCAUCUGGACUUCCAAAACGACAAGCUGGAGCAUGCGGGGUCCUCAGAGCGACUGGUUCGGCGCCGGCGACGUGGCGCUCUCCAUCCUUGAAGUCGGCAUCAUCGUCUGGGGAUUGAAGCUCUACGAGUGUCGGCAGCAGAUUUGGUCUCGCGCCGGCGCGGCCGUGGUAGUCAUCUCGGUUGGCAUCGCGGCAAUAAGCGUCUUUGUGUCCGUCCUCCUCGGCCUCGCGGUUGGUCUUGAGAGUCCCGAGGCGCUCGCCUUUGCGGCGCGUAGCACAACGCUGGCGCUGGCGCGACCUGCGACGGAGGCGCUUGGCGGGAAUCAGGUCGUCAAUGCGACACUGGUAGUGAGCAACGGCAUAUUAGGACAGCUGAUGUACCCGUUCCUGCUGCGGAAGCUGGGGGUCGACUCGAGUGAGGAGCCGGAUGAGGACGUCGACGUGGACGUAAGGGAGGGUAUGCUGAGAGAUGAUGCGCUUACGAUCGGGGUGGGGAUGGCGAUUGGAAUCAAUGGCGCAGCCAUGGGGGUCUCGUACCUCUAUGAAAGGAAGAGCCGGGCUGCGCCUUAUUCGGCCCUCUCGAUGACUGUGUUUGGGGUGAUGACGGUCGUCUUCACUGCUGUUGAGCCGUUUACAAACACCUUGCUUACGCUGGCGCAUCGUUGA